AUGACGACCUCCCAACAUCCCAACGAUCUAUCUAACGACAGCACCAGACCUUCUGAGGCUUUAUCUACAUCAAAUGGAGCGUUUCAUGAGAGUAAGACUGGACUGGCCAAAGCUGAGGUGCCCAAUUCAAAGUUCUCGGUCCCCAACGGUGCUAUCGACGGGAUUGAGGACCAGAGCGAAGUCAAUGGGACAGCUUCACCAACGGUUAGCCCAAAGCCCGAUGGCGUCGUUCAGACCAGGAAGCGUUCUCGCUCUGGUUCGCGCAUCAGUCGUCCAUUACCAGAAGGAAAUCAUGGCAAGCGUCGAGGGUUCAACGAUCCAGAUGGCAGGCUGCUGGAGAAGUUUGAAUUAAAUGAUUACAUUGAUCGCGAUUCGUACCACAUUGUGGCGAUGAUCCGUCAGAAUAGGAGGAUCGAAAAGAUCAUGGAAGAUCAACGGGAAGAGCGAGCCUUCAAUCUCAAGCUACGAAAGGACCCCCCUGAAUUGGACCGUAAUAAUGAGACGAGUGCAGCGAAUGCAUACCCGGUCAACCGUCUUGCUUCCCCAGCUGCCAUUUAUGGCCAAGGAUACGGACAAUAUGGGACUAUCCCCAACCGCCCACCGCCCCACUAUGACCGAGGGUAUAUAUUGCCACGAGAUGUCAACACGCGUCCAGGUGGCAGAAAGACAAGAGAACUGCGAAUUCCAAGGAGGGAAUUGCAGAAGCAUGCUAACCAACUGGAAGAGCUGAUACCUAUUCGACUUGAUAUCGAGUGGCAGAAAGUCCGCCUACGAGAUACUUUUACAUGGAAUCUGCACGAUAGGGUAGUGCCCACGGAACUCUUUGCCCAACAACUUGUUGAAGACUUUGGUCUCUCGCUCGAAACUUGCGAUGGUCUGCUCCGUCAAGUACAAAGUAACAUCCAAGAACAAAUUCAAGACUAUCAUCCACACCCUUUUGUAGAUGAUGGGCCGGAAGAUCCUCACCUACCUUACACUGCGUACAAGGACGACGAGAUGCGCAUUACCGUCAAGUUGAACAUUACAAUUGGGCAGCAUACGCUUGUUGACCAAUUCGAGUGGGAUAUAAACAAUUCCGCAGAUGCCCCGGAGUUGUUCGCUCGACAGAUGGCAAAGGACCUGUCUCUUUCCGGUGAGUUUGCGACAGCAAUUGCGCACGAUAUCAGGGAGCAAUGUCAGCUGUUCACGAGGAGCCUUUACAUUAUUGGCCAUCCUUUCGAUGGGCGACCAAUAACAGACCAAGACCUUCAGGCGGGGAUGAUGCCGUCGCCAAUGCCAUCUGCCUUCAGACCAUACCAAGCUGCGAAGGAGUUCACUCCGUAUCUAUAUGAGCUCAACGAAGCGGACCUAGAAAGGACGGAGCUGUCCCUCUCGCGAGAAGAGAGGCGACAAAAGCGCUCUGUCAAUCGACGUGGUGGCCCUGCAUUACCAGACUUGAAGGAUCGCAGACGAACGAUUCGGACCAUGGUCGUCUCUGCUAUAAUGCCGGGGACAGCCGAGACCCUCGAAGAUAGUCGUAUCUUUAAACGAGUCGCUACAGCCUCGGGUAAGGCGAAGCGACCGGGUUAUCGUGAUCGUGAUAGUAUAGAAGGCUCCGAGAGCGAAGAGAGCGAGGAAUCUGUCCCCGGGUCCCCAGCAAUACCACAGCAUCUGGUUUCCGGCACUGCACGAACUCGAGGGAUGAGAGGUGCAGCAGCUGCAGCUCAGACCGCGAUGAAAGGCGCGCUCGCCCGCUCGGCAACACCAGAAUCUGUGACAUUACACCAUCAUGAGACACGGACUACAGGCCGAAGAAGAGAUUAUCGUGAAGAAAGCGUUGACGAGGCCUCUCUCUCACUCGUAGUCAAACUUCGAAUAUCACCGCCACGAUUCAAACAAUUCAUGCGCGAUCAAAAGAACGGAAAGCUACAUCCGCGAGGAGGAGAUUCUCCUCGGCGACGCUCUCAAAGCGCAACACCAAGCCACACGACUCCAAAGCCAGGGGCCAUGGGUCCUCCAUCAACUCCCGGUCAGCAACAUGGUCAGCACCAGGGCAGCCCUCCACAGCAUCGAGACGGUAACGUCCUGCAUCCCCACGCUGCGCAUCUAGGCAGGGUAGAUGCCAAGCAUUCACCCAGCGCAGCGCAUCCUCCUCCCCCGCCUCCCGACUGGCUCAAGAACUCCCUCCGUCGCCUCCAACCCUCCUACCCUGACGACCAAUUUGAAGGCCUGAUGCGAUUCACCAUGGUCGACAGGCGGACCGACCAGCCAAUUCACAGUCGCGACGGCAAACCAGCUGAGCAGCCUCCUAGCGAGCAUCAGAGGACCAUGUACUAUCCACGCAUCAGAUGUUUGGAUUGUCCGGGCAAGUGGUAUACGCCGGGUCCAGAGACAGGCGUCACCAAUUUUGAAGUGCAUUUGAAAAACAAGGUGCAUAGGGAGAGGGUGGAGGAGAGAGUGAGCAGAGAGAGGCGCUGA